CCAAUUUGUCGAUAAUCUAUUGUGGAUGGACAUUAGAGUGAAGAAUUCAGUCACGUGCACCUCAUUCGCGCCUCUGCCAAAGAAUUUUCUUGCCCCACGACGCGUCCGCUCCACGUUCACUUUUUCGUAACUUAAACAUUGUCAUGUAUGCAACAAGAAGAAAUCAGACUGCUGAAAGCAAAGUGUUUUAUGAAGUUCCAACACUCUCAAAUACUACAUUGCUUCGAUGCCUCAGAGAAAUCCAGUUGCCUUUCACAGAGGAAGAUCUUAUGAAGCCGACCGCACAAAGCACACAGUACCUUUUCGAACGAUGCUUAGAUCUGUUAAUGGGCGUCCACACAACACAAAUUGAAGAAGUUCGAGACAAAAUGCUCCAGAAUAUUGAGCAUCCUGAGGUUCACCACGACAUGUUGGGAAUGCUCUUGCUGUACGACAGAAUGAGCAAGUUGAUGUUGGAACUCGGAUUCGCCGAUUUCAAUUUUAGAGAUAUCACCAAACCAACCCAUGACCGCAUCGUCAAAAUCCUCAGCGCGCUAGUCAAUUACGCCAGAUUUCGAGAGGAGAGAUUGACAACGUUUGAACAGAUUUCUGCUACAGGAGAUGAAAUUGCCAUGAAAAGAGCAAAUCUGGAGCAGAUUCAUGACGAGACUAGUGCGAAACUUAACCAGCUCAAGGAAAAGGCAAAGGCAGAAGAGCCAGAAACAAAGGCAAAGGAAGCUGAGAAUGAAGAAUACGGCAGAACACUUCGAGACCAAAAGAAGAAUGCUGAUUCGAUACAUACACAAUACCAAGAGCUAAAAGCUACUCAACAUCAUCUGAGAGACGAAAUGCAAACAAAAGUGUAUCAAAUUAUUACCCUUGAUCGUGAAAUCGAACGCCUAAGAAUACGUGCAGAUCAGAAUCCAGAGCGAGUCCGAUCGGCAAACGCCAAACUCACCUCUUCUAUAGAAGAAGAAAGUCAAGCAGCUACUGAAAAUGAAGCGACUGUCAGACGCCUCCAAGCGAAGAUUGAUACCAUAUCGGCGAUACUGGAAGAAGUAAAUGCAUGCAAUCGACUUUUGUCGGACUGCGAAGAGGGAAUCAAAAAUUAUGAAACUCUCAAUCGACACAAUGCCAUUAACGAGGAAAAAAUUGGCAAAAAGGAAUUGGAUAUGCAAGAGUUGCAAAAUAAGGAACAGUAUUUGACGAGAAUGCUCAACAACUUGAUGCAGAAAAUGGCCAAGUUAGAGCAACAGCAGGAAAAGAAGCGGGAGAGUGUUCAAAGUGAUAUGAACCAGUCGCAACAGGAGUACAGCCAAACCAGCUCAGAAGUCAGCAAAAUGCAACAACAAAUGUCUGAGAUCCAGGCUAGUGCAGAACUGUUAGAGCAACAGAUAAACGAUAUAAAAACCUCAUUGGAAGUCGAUGUCAGCAAUUUGCAGUCCGAGUACGAUAAUCUCAAAGCUCAGUUCGAAUCGUAUUUGAGCGAAAUGAAGUUGUAGGAUUGUUACGACCUCCGCAACGAUUCCUUGUAAUUAUUUUUAUGUUGUUAUAUUAUGUACACUAAUUAAACCUUUUGUAAUGCUUCGUAUUGUUUGAGCACUUGAAAAGUGAGUGAUGGCUUAACAACCUUCAAAGCUUCUUCCAAGUUUUCUUGAGUCUGUAUGUUGUGAAUUUGGUCAGCAUGAUAU